AUGCGCACGUAUCUUCUCGUUGUCCUACUGGCCAUCGCGACUGUGGCUCUCGCUCGUAUCCCUGUCAGUGAGAGCACGUCUGGUGUAGCAGGAGUUGUGGACCGUUCAUCCAUGGGCAAGGACUUGUCAUCACAUGAGUCCCAUCAUUCGAAAACGAAGUCUGAAAGCUCAUCGAAUGCUCGUCAUUCGAAAACUUUGUCCACUGUGACACAGCCGUCUGAGAAAGCCAACGCCGUCAAAGGUGCCUCUGCCACCACGGAAUCCGCCCGGUCGAUGCUGUCCUCUGCCAUGUCGUCUGCCAGCUCAGUGAGCCACACUGGUGGCGGUGUCUCGUCCGUGAAAAUACCGUUUUGGAUGUCGAAUUUUCCGACUCUAGCGCUCACGGUCGGGUUCUUCUUGUCCGUGUUCGCGAUCAUGGGCUAA